AUGGACGACUUGUUCCGGCGUGCGAGCAAAUACUCAAUGCUCGAAGAUGACGUGCGAGCAGCCACCCAGCAAAUCUUGGUUACCGGACAGGCAUCUAGAAGUGGUGCCAAACUUCCGGACCGGCUAAGGCCGUCCGAUCGAAGGCAGGAAGGGCCAAGUCGUCCGGAACUGCCACCCCUCACACCCCUUUCCAUAUCCUAUGAGAAGUUUCUCCCUAUGAUCCAAGACAUGUCCGACUUCAGGUGGCCUGGACCCCUCAGAACGGACCCAUCCAAAAGGGAUCAUAGCAAAAAGUGCGUCUACCAUAAGGAACAUGGUCACACAACGAAAACGUGCAGGAGCCUCCAUUGUUUGGUCGAAAGGCUUAUAAAGGUGGGACAUUUGAAGCAAUACCUCCGCUCAGAUGCCGGAGGUAGAGACGCUUCCCGAAAUCACAACUCUGGAGCCCUUAGGGCUCCAGCCGCCCCCAAAGCCAUUAUAAACUAUAUUAAUAGAGGCCCAUUCGACGAGGAGUACGACUCCAAACGAAAGAGACAGAGGUUGUUGCGGGCAGCAUCGGUGCGUGAGCGUGUCAACUCCAUCCGGCUUGGGAUAACUGGGAGUGCCCUCACCCCAUAG